GACGCAGAUCAGUGUCGUAGUAUAGAGUUUAGGCCUGAAAGAGCAUUUGACGGCAGUCGCCUUCUAAAUCACGUGAUUCGUGUUGCUGAGGUUACGCUGAAGCAGUUUUGUAAAAUGAUGUGUUUUAUGGACCCAGACUGUGUCAGUGUUAAUCUUGAGAAACAACCAGAUGUGAAUGGAAACUACAAAUGUGAACUGAAUAAUGCUACCCACGAAGGGCGUGUACACGAGUUGAGGUCAAACACGAAUUUCUCUUACCAUGCAGUAGAGGUGAAUGUCUCAUUACUACUUACUUACGUUAAGAAUCUUGUUCGCUGUUACUCUGUUGCAAUGAUAUUUGUUGGUUUGUUUCGAUUCUUUCAAAUGUCGCGAAAUCAUGUUUUCAUCCUGGGAAGAAAAAAAUCACUUAAUUUACUAUCUUUUUGAAUCCCUUUCCUUGAUAUUUGUUGCGGUACAAACUAUUGAGAGCUAAAUCAAAACGUGAACUUUAUUAUCAAAGUAGAUUACUGGGGAUGUAAAUAAAGCAGAAAUAUGAAUAGGAAACUUUAGGUCUCGAAGGGAUAACGUUUUUCACUGAAAUUGCCUUUCUGCGUUAGAGCGCUUGUGUGGGAAACCCUUGCAGAAACAACGGUACAUGCCAGAGCGGUUUUAAUGAAGAAGGUUUUCGCUGUCUGUGUCCAGCUGGAUUUAAAGGAAAGAAUUGUGAGGCCGAUUUUAAUACAGGUAAAUAAUACAAUCAUUACUUCAUUUGGCAUUUAGGGUUAGGUUCCUUUUCAGGAAAAUGAAAUGGUUACUGACCUUGUGUUGGACAGUCGAUUCUUUAAGCAACAAACCGCACUUUCUACCUGUUUACUUUCAGUUAACUUUCUAUCGCCACCUCCUCGUGAUUAACAAUAGUUCCGAUUGUUCUUCAACAACUCAAGUGAGUUACUACGGCGGUAAACCGAUAUAAAGUGCGGUCUGUUGCUUUUAUGGAAUAACUAUGGCUUUACCGGUGCGAUAAACGAUAGGUUUUUGACCAAUCAGGAGCUGUAGUAUUUCAGUUAUUUUAUCAAAGUUAUUAAGUUUUCCUUCUUCAUAGACAGAACACUGAAACAGUCCUUUUAUCUGACCAUUCUUUAUUGAUUAAUUUACUUGUUCAAGCGUUUUCGUUUGUUUCUUAUUUUAAUUUGAUAAUUAUUGAAAAGAAAAUAAAUAAGCGGUGUGAGCGACCAUACAAAGACUUUAUGAUGUAAAAUCAGAUAGAUGGCGGGUCACUAGACGACUUACAAGUAGUUCUAUUAUUAAUGAUUGAAUAUUUCAUUCUUUCAGACAUUGGUGAAUGUGUUGAAGGGUUACACAACUGCAGUAUUGAUGCCUUUUGCAACAAUACCAACGGGUCGUACAACUGUACAUGUAAACCUGGAUUCGUUGGAAAUGGCCGAGACUGCGAAGGUUCAGUUCUCAGCAUUACGACUUAGGUUACCGAGAAACUAUUAAGAUUUUGUCAAAAUCAAAAUAAUUAAUGAGGAAAAAACUUUACUUUUACAAGUUGAUCAUCUGCUGUUUUCUUUUUUCAUUUAUUUUAGACAUCAACGAGUGUGUUACGCAUAUACAUAAUUGCAGUCAAAAUGCAAUUUGCCACAAUACCAAAGGAUCCCACACCUGUGCUUGCAAACCUGGAUUUACUGGAAAUGGGCACAAAUGCGAAGGUAAUCGAUUGUUUCCUGGAACAAAACUAAUCUACAAAAAGGUUCAAAAGGCUUUCACGAAUAGAGACAAAAAAUUUUUCAGCAUAGAAAUGCAGCGUAGAAGAAGAGUGAAAUCAACCCUAACAGACAGAAGUAGCAAAAAACCGCACGCAAACCGCACGGUUUGCUUGAGAACCGAAGUUUACCUUUUUUCUGAUCGGGAUAUAAGUAUCUAGUUGAUUAGUGAAAAGAUCUAAGGGUUUUAUUUUCAGAAAGUACCGUUGGGGCUAAACGAACUGGCUGAUGCAUUUAAGAAACAAAUAUGAUAUGUCAGUGUAAACCAAAUAAACGUUCAAAACAAACAAAGAUACAAAAUCAAACAAAAGCUUUGUCAUGAAAAUGAAAAAUGAGCAGGUGGGUGUUAGUUGAGCUGGUAACUAAACUUGUAGGUAAUGGGUGAGAUGCUGUAAUUCAGCCGUUUGUCAAGUACACUAUUUCCGUUGUUGGUUUUGAUGUUUGUGUUCAUGUUUGUUUUAAUGUUUUUAGAUAUUGACGAGUGUGCUGAAGGGUCAUAUAACUGCAGUCUUAAUGCCUUCUGUGAUAAUACCGAAGGAUCGUACAAUUGCGACUGUAAGCCCGGAUUCACCGGAAAUGGCCGAGAAUGCGAACGUAAGUAA